AAACGACGAAAUGGGGUCACGAGAAUAUCUCAACCAAUAGAAUCAUCGUAGUCAUUCUCCAUGUCCGCUUUAGGGUAAGCAGUUAGAUGCGCUCUGUCCUGUCACACAGCGUUUACACAAUUCCAACAAAGUCUUACAGUUGCCUGACAUAAAGAGCCAUUUCGGAGACAAGCAUCAUGGGAGAACCACAGCAGGUUAGCGCCCUGCCUCCUCCGCCUAUGCAGUACAUCAAGGAGUACACGGAUGAAAAUGUCUGCAAGGGUCUGGCACCUAAACCACCUCCACCUAUCAGAGACAGCUACAUGAUGUUUGGCAACCAGUUCCAGUGUGACGACCUGAUCAUUCGGCCUCUGGAGAGCCAAGGCAUCGAGAGGCUUCAUCCUGUGCAGUUUGACCAUAAACGUGAGCUCAAGAAGCUGAACAUGUCUAUCCUGGUGAACUUCCUUGACCUUCUGGACAUCCUCAUUAAGAGUCCUGGCAGUAUAAAGCGAGAAGAGAAGCUGGAGGACUUGAAACUUCUGUUUGUUCACAUGCAUCACCUGAUAAAUGAGUAUAGGCCACAUCAAGCCCGGGAGACGUUGAGGGUGAUGAUGGAGGUGCAAAAACGACAGAGACUUGAGACAGCAGAGCGGUUCCAAAAACACUUGGAGCGGGUGGUUGAGAUGAUCCAAGGCUGCCUUGCCUCCCUGCCCGAUGACUUACCACAGAUGGAGGAAUCUGACAGUGCUGGGAAUGGGACCAGGACUGUGGCUGCAGGGAGCAGUGUUGGCCCCUCUGGGCAGGGACCCAGGCUGAAAACAGAACCCAUGGAAGUCGAGGAAGCAGGAGCAAGUUGUAUGGCAGCUGCUCAUCAGAACAAGAGUGCAACUAUAGUAAAGCAGGACAAAACAUGGGACAAAGACGCUGCCAUGUGCAGUAUUAUUGAUAAAAUUGCAUAGGUUUUCUUUAGUGUGGACUUUUUUUGUAAACCUGAAUUGUAAAUGUUUUUAAAUAUGCUAUGUUGUCAUUGGACUUGAAUACCACUUUACUUUAGAAUUUAUUUUAUUUAAGAGUAUUGUUUCAUGGCCUCAGGAAAGACAUUUAUCCAUCCAUACAUACAUUUUCUGUAAUUAUUGUCCUGUGGAGGAAACAAAUAAUUACACAGGAAUAGGGUGGCCAACUUCCUUUUGUUUGUAAUAAAUCCAAUAAAGAUGUGUCCAGUUGCAAUGUCAAAAA